CCAUACUCGAUCGCUAACCCCCCUUAGUUCUCUUCUCUCUCUAUCUCUAUCUAGAUCUCUCUCUUUCUCUCCUUUACUUGUGGGCACCAUGGGAACCGUUGGGGAAUCUGAACACCUGGUGAGCUUUGCUCCCCCUAGAAGCUUUGCCACCACGUUGAAAUCCGAUCUCAAAGAAACUUUCUUCCCGGAGGAUCCGUUCCAGCAAUUCCGAAACGAAAAACCAGGCGCCCGCGUUAAAAAAGCCCUGCAAUACUUCGUCCCAAUCUUCGAAUGGCUUCCCAAAUACAAUUUACAAUUACUCCGAUACGAUUUGCUGGCGGGUGUCACCAUUACAAGCCUCGCAAUCCCUCAGGGAAUCAGCUACGCAAAACUCGCUAGCCUUCCUCCAAUCAUCGGCCUCUAUUCUAGCUUUGUUCCGCCUCUUAUAUACGCUCUUUUCGGGAACUCGAAGCAUCUUGCGGUGGGAACGGUGGCGGCAUGCUCACUGCUCCUGCAGUCUACCAUUUCAGACGUUGUAUCGCCGAAAGAUGAUCCGGCAUUGUAUCUCCACUUGGUUUUCACGGCAACGUUCAUCACCGGCGUCUUUCAGACGGCUCUAGGUUUUCUGAGGUUGGGAAUUUUGGUGGAUUUUUUGUCGCAUUCCACGAUAACUGGUUUUAUGGGAGGAACGGCGAUAAUAAUCUGCCUGCAACAAUUGAAGGGCUUUUUCGGAUUGACGCAUUUCACGACUAAAACCGACGUCAUAUCUGUGAUGCACGCAAUCUUCAAGAACAGAAAGGAGUGGAAAUGGGAGAGCGCAGUCGUAGGUAUAAGUUUCCUUUGUUUCCUCCAAUCAACUAGAUACGUGAGAAAAAGAAGACCAAAACUGUUCUGGGUUUCGGCUAUUGCUCCAAUGGUGACUGUUCUUGUAGGCUGUUUGUUUGCUUAUUUCUUUCACGCCGAGGACCAUGGUAUCCAAAUUGUGGGAGAAUUGAAGAAAGGAAUAAAUCCUCCUUCUAUUAACUUAUUAAACUUUGAUUCUAAGUAUCUGCCAACAGUAAUAAAGGCUGGUGUUGUAACAAGCCUUAUAGCUCUGGCUGAAGGUAUAGCAAUUGGAAGGAGCUUUGCCAUUCUGAAAAAUGAACAAGUUGAUGGGAAUAAAGAGAUGAUAGCCUUUGGAUUCAUGAACAUCGUUGGAUCUUUCACUUCAUGCUACUUGACAACCGGACCAUUUUCGAAAACCGCUGUAAAUUUCAACGCGGGAUGUCGGACGGCGAUGUCGAACAUAGUAAUGGCUGUCUGCAUGGCGCUGACGCUACUGUUCUUGGCCCCUGUCUUUCGUUACACCCCUCUUGUUGCUUUGUCUGCCAUAAUCAUGUCGGCCAUGUUUGGACUCAUUGACUAUGAAGCCGCUUAUCACCUCUUCAAGGUUGACAAAUUCGAUUUCGUCAUUUGCAUGGCUGCGUUUUUCGGUGUCGCCUUCGUAAGCAUGGACGUCGGCCUCAUGCUUUCAGUUGGACUUGGUAUACUCAGAGCACUCCUGUAUGUGGCAAGGCCUGCAACUUGCAAGCUUGGGAAAGUAUCAAGCAGAAAUACUUUUCGUGACACUGAGCAGUAUCCAGGUUCAACAAAUGUCCCAGGGAUCCUAGUUCUACAACUUGGCUCUCCUAUUUACUUUGCCAAUUCCACCUAUAUCAGAGAAAGGAUUUUAAGGUGGAUUCGUGAGGAGCAGGCUAUUUCAGAUUCUGAAGGGCAUACUCUUGAGCACGUCUUAUUGGAUUUGACAGGAGUUACAUCCAUCGACAUGA